AUGAAGUCCACAGUACUCCUGCUUUCAGCGGCUGGCCUCGCACUUGCGCAGACUACGGCACCACAGUAUGGUCAAUGCGGAGGGAUUGGCUGGUCAGGUGCAACGACCUGCCCCUCCGGUUGGGGUUGCGUUGUGAGCAACGAGUACUAUAGCCAAUGUCUUCCUGGCGCCGCUUCGCCGACGACAUCGGCCGCUACGGGUGGAUCGACGGGCGGUGCUGCGCCAACCAGUACCGCCGCGGCCCCGGGUUCUACCCCGACUCUGGUCGCUGGCUGGUCCUUCAUCCGCGCCGUGGAAGACCCGAACUUCCACAAGUACUUGCGCUCUGAAACAGCCAACACACCCGGACCAGCGGUGCUUGGUGACCCCGUAACGGCGGCCCAGUUCGUCAUCCAGGACGGCCAGCUCAUCCAGUACGCAAACCUUGACGCCAGCACACCUCUCUACGCAAACGUCGAGGCCCGCGCAAACAGCACCGUCAUGAAGCUGGGUCUUACCUGGGAGACCACACCCGACCCGUCUGGCGGAACCUUCGUAUGGGGCGGAGACACCGUUGAGUGGUCUUCUCCUACCAUCUCUCGCCCUCAGACAAAUGCGUGGCUUGUCUGUCCGGAUGCCGACGACAACCUUCUGCUCUACAUCAACCUGGGCAACUACGACUACAUGACGCCUCCAGGCUGCGCAGACGAGACCAUCCACGCGUACACUGGGCCAUACCCGACGUCUUGA